AUGAGACCAGACGAUAUUGAAAAGGUCCAUGGAUCACCAUCUCUCCACAGCGUGAGCCAGCAUGAGCUUGAAAACAGCCCCUCGAAUGACGCUAUCAAUGAUAAAAUCCCGGAUCGAAAUCCACAGUCCCGAUUCCAGCGAUGGACCUCCGGACUGAAAGAAGUGUUCCAAGGCGUGGAAACACGCGGCAUGGAGCCGGUGCCUCUGAAUGAGCGCCAACCCGUCACAGCCUCGACCUCGUUGCAUAUGCUGCUGAUGUGGUUCAGCAUGGCAUUGGCGACGAAUAAUAUCAUUGUGGGAUCCAUGGGAACUCUCGUGUUGGGGCUGAGCUUCAAGGAUGCGGCUAUUUGUGCGGUACUGGGCAAUGCCCUCGGAUCCUCGACCGUGGGAUAUAUGAGCACUUUCGGUCCUCGAAGUGGGAAUCGUACUUUGAUUGUGGCUCGCUAUUUCAUGGGUUAUUAUCCCAGCAAAGUCUGCUGCGCACUGAACAUCUUCACCAACAUCGGUUACAGCAUGUUGAACAGUGUGGUGGGGGGUCAGAUCCUCUCCAAGGUCUCCGGCGGGCAUAUCUCGGUGCUGGUGGGGAUCGUAGUGGUGGCCGUCGCCAGCUGGGCCAUGGCCUCGUUUGGCAUGCGGAUCUUCCAGAUCUAUGAACGAUUCGCUUGGUUGCCCCAAUUGAUGGUGCUUUGUGUGAUGCUAGGCUCGGCCGGUCCACACUUCGACUUCAACGUUCAUGCCGAAGUCUCCCAGGGACAUCUCAAUGCCAAACGGGUGACCUUCUUCUCGCUGUGUCUGUCCAUUGCCCUGGCCUGGGCCCCAUUGGCAGCCGACUACUAUAUCUACUAUCCGCCGCACUUCAAGCGCUGGCGGACCUUCAGCUUAACGAUCCUUGGCUGCUGCCAGGCGAUGAUCAUCACGCUGAUGCUGGGCAUCGGCAUGGGCACGGUGCUGGCCAGCUCGCCCGUGUACACGGCCAAGUACGGCAGCGAUCCCGGGGGUCUGCUGAUGGCCGCGUAUGACGCGCUCGGAGGGUUUGGUAAAUUCUGCGCCGUGGUCAACGUGCUCGCGCUCGUGGCCAACAACACGCCCGGGGCAUAUUCGAUGGGGAUGAACUUCCAGAUGCUGGGCGGCGCCUUCGAGCGCGUGCCACGCCCGGUGUUCACCACCCUGACGACCGUGGUGUACACGGCUUGUGCGAUGGGCGGGCGCAACUCGCUGUACCAGGUGUUCAAGAGCUUCCUGCCGCUGAUCGGGUACUGGGUGAUGAUCUGGCUGACCAUUGCGAUCGAGGAGGAUUUACUUUUCCGCCGCCGCGUGGGCUACGACUGGUCGGCGUGGAAUCGCCCGCAGCGAUUGCCCAUAGGAAUUGCGGCGGGCGUGUCAUUUUUGGUCGGAUGGGCGGGAGCGAUCCUGGGAAUGGAUCAAGCCUAUUAUAGCGGCAUCAUCGGGCGAAUUGCCUCGGGCGCCGAUCUGGGACUUUGGAUGGCCGCCGCCUUCACGGCGGCGGUCUUCCCGCCCCUGCGAGUGCUCGAACUAUGGUUCUUCCGGCGCUAA